GAAAGUACUGGUAAAAUUGUUACUUUACAAGAUUUAACAAAUAUGAAGAUAUCCGAUCAAUCAAGAAAAGAAAACUUAGAUGACUGCUUAAAAAUAUACUUAAAGCUAAAUACGGUGCCAAUGUAGCUGUUUUGCGAGACGAAGACAAUAAUUUCAGAGGACUUUUCAUUCAAAAUCCAAACAUGAAAAGUACAAUGAAGGCUUUUCCUGAAUUUCUUGCAGUAGAUGCUACAUAUAAAUUAUGAUGAUGCAGUUGUAUUUGAAAGUAAAAAUCAGUCUUCUGUGGAACACUCUGAGGUUUGUGACGAGACAGACCUUCAAGACAGAAACAAUAUGAGUGAAGCGCUCAUAUUAGAUAAUAAAAAUAUAUCAACUCUUGGUCAGUCACCUGUGGAAGCACCUGAGUUUUGUAACGAGCUGGUUAUAGAGGAGGAACUGACACGAGAUGAAGCGCAUCAACUUUCCUAUAUUAGUGAUUCAGUUUUAAAUGACGUCAACAAACAGUCCCAUCAAAUAGUUGAUGUCAAUGAUUUCGCUUUGACAACAAUUAAGAUGCCUGUUUCAAUAAAAAAACGAGGACGUCCAAAAGGACAGGACUUAACAGUCAUAGGACCAUCAAAGAAAAAGAAAAGAUGUACUGUAGCAUUUGCUAAACAAUCCUAUCAUGAAAAACAAAAUGUAAUCCUGAAUUGCUUCGUUAAGGAUCGUAACAUCGUUAGAGACAUUACAAAUGGGAAAUUUCUUGAAACUGUAGACCUUAAAAUGCUCCCCGAAGAAAUAUCACAUGCCGUUCUUGAUGAGGCUGCUGAUAUCCACAUGAUAAGGUAAGUGUAGCGAUACCUAAUAAUUACCAAAUUAAUAACUAAUAAUGUAAAUUACGAUUUUUAGAAGUUUUUACACCGAGAAAGCCUUUGAAAAAAUAACCAAUCUAGUUGAGCAGAAACGACUUCAACAAAGUUGGUUUUGUUCUGUGUGCAGUGAAGACACGCAGAAAAAUCAUGUCACUUUGUUGCAGUAGAUGCCUUCUAUGGAGACAUAUCCGUUGUGCAGGAUUGACUAAGCGACCUAAAUCAAAACUGUGGUUUUGCAGAGAAUGCUAUCUGUAGCAUUAUUUUUAAGUUGACGUAGUAUUAUUUUUAAGUUGUCAGUUCAUAAUUUGCAAUAAAAACCUGAAA